AUGAAUGAACAAAUGAAGAAAGUGGUAAAGACAAGUGGUCAGAAAGGGCCGGGUGGAAGAGCCCUCGACAGAAUGACCUUAAAACAAGACGAGGCAAGGCCAGUCCUGAACACCAGAGUGGACCCUCCCCAUGUGACAUACACCAUCCACGAUGCAAGUGAGAUUAGCCUCGAUACUGAGGAAGAGGACUUCCCUGAUGGAUACCUAGAGUGCAUCAUAAGAGGUGAGUUCUCUGAACCCAUUCUGGAAGAGGACUUACUUUUUAAAUCAUUUGAAAGCCUGGAGGAAGCGGAACAAGACCUUUCUCGCCAGGUUCUGGAAGCGAGCUCCCUUCUCGAGGCUUCUUUGGAGCACAUGACAAAGGGGACAAGACAAGAGAAAAGAGCGGCCACGCAAGAGGCCCCUCAGCAGACUCUAUCCAGUCGUAAGCCGCUUGCAGGCAUUACUGGAGAGAAGCCAAAGGUCAUUGCAUAUUGUGGUGCCUUGUCAAUGCUGGAGUGUCCUCAAGCUGGGUGCAAGAAGAAGCUGAGGGAUAAAACCGCCCUGAGGAAACACAUGCUUGUCCACGGGCCCCGGCAGCACGUGUGUGCAGAGUGUGGGAAAGCUUUUAUUGAGAGCUCGAAACUAAAGCGGCAUUUUCUGGUGCAUACCGGAGAGAGGCCGUUUCAGUGCACCUUCGAAGGCUGUGGCAAGCGCUUCUCACUAGAUUUCAACUUACGCACCCACGUCCGCAUCCACACGGGUGAGAAGCGCUUUGUGUGCCCUUUUGAUGGCUGCGAGAAGAGCUUUAUUCAGUCAAAUAAUCUGAAGAUUCACAUCCUAACCCAUGCAAAGGCAGGGAAGAAAUGCUGA